GUGUGUGUGAGUGAGUGUGUGUGAGAGAGAGAGAGAGAGAGUGGAGGAGAGAGAAAUCUCCAAAAUCACAACAGCAGAGAUGCACCAAGAUGAGAAGACACACAAAGACACAGUGCCCCAGACUUCUGCGCAAAUGUGGAUUUAAACCAAGAGAGUUGGCAUCAUAAAUCACGUACUGACUGUAUCGGAAGGAAUUUACCAUUGCUGGAGAUGCCUCGGGGUGUGUGCCAGCUCUGUCUAACCAGGACAGGAAAUCUUAUGUGAGAGGUCUAAGAGUCUCUGCUCUCAUCAUCCAUAGUCCAUCAGCCCAUAUUUCCCACUGUAUCAGAGGUGUUCAUCUGAGUCAAUAGGGCUGUGAAGGCUGAAGCCAGCCAAUCGGGCGAGAGAGAUGUGGCCGCAGGGGCAGUGGGCUCCUCUGGCUGUGCUGUCAAUCAGUGUGUUGCUGUGGAAGGAGGCGGCUCUCAUUGAUGUCCCUCCAGACCCAAGGAUCCAGCAGGAUUUGAAACAGCCUCCUACUAUUGUGAAACAGUCAGCAAAGGACUAUAUUGUGGAUCCCCGAGAUAACAUCAUCAUUGAGUGUGAAGCCAAGGGUAAUCCUGUACCAACGUUUUGGUGGAGACGAAAUGGGAAGUUCUUCAAUGUGGAGAAGGAUCCACGUGUAAGCAUGCGGAAACGCUCAGGCACACUGGAGAUCAGCUUUAGGAAUGGCGGAAAGCCUGAGGACUAUGAGGGAGAAUACCAGUGCUUUUCCAUGAAUGACUUUGGCACUGCCAUAUCCAACAAAAUAUUGCUACGAGUGUCCAAGGCACCAUUGUGGCCUAAAGAGGUUUUGGAGCCAGUGGUAGUUAGUGAAGGAUCACCUCUGGUCCUGGCCUGUAACCCACCUCCUGGCCUUCCCCCACCUAAAACAUUCUGGAUGGACAGUAGAAUGAUGCCUAUAGCACAGGACACUCGAGUGUCCAUGGGUCUGAAUGGAGAUCUUUACUUCUCUAAUGUGCUCAGUAAGGAUGCUGCCACUGACUACAGCUGCAAUGCUCGAUUUCUCUUCACACACACAAUCCAACAGAAGAAUCCUUUUAUCCUCAAAGUGCAGACAAAGGUACCUUUUAAUGACACUGUAUACUCUGAAAACGACACUUACACCUUUGUCGCACGCAACAUUCAAGAAUCAACACCUACCUUUCUCUCUCCCUCGGGAAUAACCAGCUCCAAGAUGGUGCUUCGAGGAGAGGAUCUUCUCCUGGAGUGUAUAGCUUCAGGAGUUCCAACUCCAAGAAUCAAAUGGUUUAAAAAAGGAGCGGAGUUGCCAGAGAAAAAGGUCAAAUUUGAGAACUUCAAUAAAACCAUCCAUAUAGUGUCUGUGUCAGAUGAGGAUUCUGGAGGCUACAUCUGCAUGGCCAGUAAUAAGAUGGGCAGCAUCCGCCACACUAUCUCCGUUGAGGUUAAAGCUGCUCCUUUCUGGCUACAUAAGCCAUCUAACCUUGUGCUAGCUCCCAAUGAGGAUGGACAGCUGCAGUGUUUAGCUAGUGGAAACCCCAAGCCCAGCAUCCAGUGGCUUGUAAAUGGAGAGCCAAUAGAUAGUACACCAGAAAAUCCAAGCAGGAAGGUGAAUAAUGAUGCUAUAAUUUUCAGCUCUGUUCAAAUUGGAACCAGCGCUGUAUACCAGUGCAAUGCCUCAAAUGAACAUGGCUACCUCCUGGCCAACGCUUUUGUCCACAUACUUGAUAUGGCCCCCCGGUUAUUGGGACCCAAGAACCAGCUGAUUAAGGUGAUUGAGAACACAACAGCUUUUCUGGAUUGCCCUUUUUUUGGCUCACCUUUUCCAGUUUUGCGGUGGUUUAAGAAUGGCCAGGGUUUAGUUCCGAAUGGAGGGAAGUACAGCUUGCAUGACAAUGGUACCCUGGAGAUCAGGCAAGUUCGACAUGAAGACCAGGGAACUUACAGUUUUGUGGCAAGCAACAUUCUGGGCAAAGCUGAAGAUCAGGUCCAUCUGGAAGUCAAAGAGCCAACGAGAAUUGUCCGAUCUCCAGAGCAUCUCUCUGCCAAUAGAGGAAGUGUGGCUCGUUUUGCUUGCAAGAUUAAACACGAUUCCACACUCCCUAUUACUGUCCUCUGGCUAAAAAACGACAAGCCCCUGCAUUUUUUGUGGCUGAGCAAGUAUAAGAAGGAGGAGGACUUGCUUUCCAUUAGCAACAUCCAGCCUGACGAUGGGGGAACAUACACUUGCACAGUAACUACAGAAUUAGACCAAGAUUCUGCCUCGGCUCGCCUUACUGUUUUAGAGGAUGAAUCCCUAGCUCCCUCAAAACCUAGUGCCUUAGCAGGUCCUCCUGAUCCUCCUCAGGAUCUAGAGCUGUCUGAUCUAUCAGCACUCUCAGUCCGGCUCACCUGGAUCCCCGGCAAUGAGAACAACAGUCCUGUUACACAAUUCCUUGUUCAGUAUGAGGAAGACCGCUGGAAACCAGGCGAUUGGCAAAAUCUGUCAAGUUAUGCAGGUGAUCAGAACUCUGUGAAACUGAAUCUGUCUCCGUUUGUGAACUACCAAUUCAGAGUGAUUGCCAUCAACAGCGUGGGUCAAAGCCGGCCGAGCCGGCCAUCAGCCCGCUAUCAGACCAGCGGAGAACGUCCUUAUAUUUAUCCCACUGGCCUUAAAGGGUGGGGUACCACAAAAAGCAACAUGGAGAUCACUUGGCAGCCCCUACUUGAUAACCAAAGAAAUGGGCCUGAGCUGAGGUAUAUGGUCUCAUGGAAGAAGAAGGAUUUGGACGAGGAGUGGAAUUACAUCACCACUACCAAUACCAAGUAUGUGGUCAGUGAUACAGACACUUAUGUCCCCUAUGAAAUCAAGAUCCAGGCAGUCAAUGACUUUGGACCAGGCCCUGAGUCAAACAUAGUGAUUGGCUACUCAGGGGAAGACAGGCCUACAGAGGCACCUGGAAACCUCAGGGUGUCAAAGUUAAACAGCUCUAAAGGGAAUGUAAACUGGAUUCCUGUUGAUGCUAAAUCCAUUAAUGGGGAGUUUAAAGAAUAUAGGCUAUAUUACUGGCGGGAAGCAAGCCUGGUAAAAGACUUAAAGGUGAAUAAGGACAAGAAAACAAAAGGUUUCUUCAGUGAUGUGUCUCAGAGCAGUGGUGUCCUAGAGGAUCUAGUCCCUUACAGCAAAUACAAGAUGUACAUGACGGUGGCCAACAACAAAUUUGAGGGACCACACAGCAACACUGUGGAAUUUCAGACCAAGGAAGGCUUGCCAGGGGCUCCUAAGUUCUUCAAGAUUGUCAAGAGGAACACCAACACCAUUCACCUACAGUGGAAUAAGCCUCUAGAGCCCAAUGGCAUUCUGAUCGGAUACACACUCCUAUACAAGACAGUGAAUGGGACGCAGGAGGGUGACGUACAAGUCCUGAGCCUCUUCCCUAAUGAGACAGAGUACACAAUGCGCCUGCCUGACCGCUUUACUCGCUACAAGUUCUACCUGUCUGCUCGGACACAGGUCGGCUCUGGUGAGGUCUAUGCUGAGGAAUCACCACACUUUACUAAUGAAGACUUUAUGACUUCAGUGAUCGAAUCCACAGAUGCCGUGGUGGUUGCAACUGUUCUCCCCCCCUUUUCCCAACCUACAAUCCCAAGUACAACCAUUACAACCUCAACAACUACCACUCUUGUCCCUACAACUGAUGCCAUCCCCACUACUCCUGCUCCAACUACUCCAACUACCACAACUACUACUACAACUACAACAACUACCACUCCCAGUACUACCACCUCCGCUACAACCCAACCCACCCUGCCUAUCAUGCUGGCCCCACAUGUAAAGAUCUGGAAUCUGACCGUGGAUGCUAACAGUGACUAUGCUAACAUCAGCUGGAAGCACAACCUCCCGGUUGGCAGCAGCGCCUUUGCGCUAGAGUCCACACUGGACAGUAAUGGGUCUAAGAAAACUGUGCUGUUCAAAAAUGAACCACCAAUUAAGCUGCCUGGGUUGAUAGCUGGAGCUAAGUACCGGCUCCGUGUGUAUUCCAAUGACCAGCCCAGCGUCUCCAGCGAGUAUGUCACCUUCGAGACCAGUGGAGCCUACAGUACGGACCAAGUCGACAUCGCUACGCAGGGUUGGUUCAUUGGUCUCAUGUGUGCCAUUGCGCUCCUCAUUCUUAUCCUGCUCAUUGUUUGCUUUAUCAAAAGAAGCAGAGGGGGGAAAUAUCCAGUGAGAGAUAAAAAAGACCUCCCUUUGGACCAUGUGGACCACAAAGACCAGGAUGGAUCAUUUGAUUACCACAGUGAUGAGGACAACAAGCCUUUGCAGGGAAGUCAGACCUCUCUAGACGGCAAUGUCAAGGAAAGUGACGACAGUCUAGUAGACUAUGGAGAAGGAGGGGAUGGCCAGUUCAAUGAGGAUGGCUCCUUUAUAGGCCAGUACACGGUCAGGAAGGAUAAGGAAGAGACGGAGGGCAAUGAGAGCUCAGAAGCCACAUCACCUGUCAAUGCCAUCUAUUCCCUGGCAUAGAUUCUUCUCGAAUGAACAGAAGGCCAAAUGUCCACACAGUUUAAUUCAAUAUAUACAUAGAGAGAAAUCUGGAACCACAUAUACACACUUAAUGUUGAGAUGCACAGUCCCUAUGAAGGAAGCAGGGGUGAAUAAACUCCUGGUGGAGAGAAGUCAGAACUCGGACUUCAGUGUGCCUUUAGGGCACUCGGGCACAGGGAAGACAACAGCAACCUGAGACUUUCAAGCAUUUUCUGUGGCUUAUUUUUUAUUUUUUGAAAUCCUGAACCCACAUUCACACUUUCUAAUAUUAGAGUAAAGCAGACACAAGCAGCAGUCCUGUGACAUAUCAGUAGUGGGCCGAAUCAACAAAGGAACAUCGGCAAAUGCCAAAAAUAUGAUAGAUGCGUUAAUAAAUGAUAUAUGAAUGCUGUAAUCAGUGCGGGCACAGCUUGCUGUACCAUAAAAAUCUAUGCACUAUGUAUUACUUUGAUUUACUUUUGGUUGAAAUUGGGUGAUCAAAUUUCUUCUUUCCUUUUAUAAUGCAAAAAGCAUUAAUUACUGUUUAGUCACUGUUAAGUCAUUGAAAUGCUAUACUUCCUGGCACCCGUGUCCUAGCAGUGGAUAUAUCUGCUGUAGUUUGAUGCCUAUUUUUGCAAGUAUAUUUUCAUUGGCUGCAUCUAUAGCAUUAUCUAAUUAGCACUACUGAUGUUUAUAGAGUCGAAGGCAAGCACCAUCAUUUAUCAGAUUAAAAAAAAAAAACCCUAACCAAAUAAGCAAACAAAUGAAAAAGAAACAUUAUUUUGGAACAAGGUCGUGUUUCUGCAAGAGACCGAGAGGUUAAAAAGAAGACUCAUUAAACACAAUUGUAUAAUCACUUUUUUAGCUGCCACUAUAUAUUAGAUGAUGGGGUGAUGAUGUUGAUGAUGAUGAUGAUGAUGAUGAUGAUGAUGAUGAAUCUGACAUCCACUAUUUUUUCUAGAAUUUUGGGGUGUUGUCAUGGUUUUAGUAAGUUUGUUCUAGGGUAUUUAGGUGCAAAGUAGAAGGAUAGAUGUGGAAGCAGUAAUGCUAAAUGGCUUACAUAAGAAAAGUUAAGUCAUUAUUGAAAAUUAAUUAUAAUUAAUUAAUUAAUUAAUUAAUUAUUAAUGAUUAAUUAUCAUUAUUAAUUAAAUUAAUAUCAAAACCAUGCUUGAUUUUAUCAACAAUUUUAAUCUUAAAUAUCUCCCACAGCUUACAGAAACAAAAAUUAUACGCUGAUCCAGGAAAAUAGGGUCUUGUUUCAUGUUGCAUGGUGACAGGUUAUAUGAAAAGAUUAUUAAAAUUGCUUGUAUAGGGGACCAUACAAUUUAGCAUGCUUUCAUUUCAGAGCUUGGUUUCACCACUGCAUAAAAAGCAACUUGAAAUCUAGUGAUACUUACAGUGGUGGAUAUGGACACCUUGCUUCUGCAAAUACAGCACCAAUAUAGUUAAUUCAAGCAGAGGGCUCAGUGUAUGUAGGAUUAAAUAUUUAUUUGUAUUAAUUUAUACAAUUUAUAUAAUUAAUAUAUUGCUGAUUUAUUUAAUGAACACCCAAUUUUAACUGCUUGUCUCAUGGGGUCACUGAAUUCACCUAACAUAAGGUACAGUAAAUAUGUACUUUAAAAUACAAACAAACAAAUAAAAAAAACUUUAUUAGACCCAUACUGUGUAAUAAUGGUUGGGUGGGAUAAGGGCAGUGGAUGUUUUAUCCACUAAUAAAAAGUUUAUGUAUCCAUUAAAUGUAUGUUUUAUCUGUUAAUACUGCUGUUUCUUUUGUAUUAUUGUUAUUGUAUUACUGGUCCAAUGUGCUGAUAUAUUUUGAUUUAUUUCUUGUCACUUUUACAUGACAGAAAAAAAAUAUUGUUUGUUUAUUUUACUCAGACAUUUUUGUGCUCUCUUUCAUAAAUGUAAAUACUGAUUUACAGACGGGUGGCAAAUUAAAGGGAAACAUGGUGGCUCUUA